UAAAAUAAAAUCAAAGGCGAACUCUGAAGAAUGGGCAGCCCAAUCGUAGAGAGUAUAAUUCUUGAAUCCUGAUGAUAAUAAUUUCAACGAGCUGCUUCAGAGUAUUUCCACGGAUCAAAGCAAUCAGCAUGAUCCGCAGAAACAAUUAGGUCAAACAACAGAUUCAAUGAAAGAGUUGGGGACAUAUCAAAGGCAAGCCAGUCAGACUGCCAUUGGCAGUUCUGAUCCAGUAAGAGGCAUUGGUGAAAAGAGCUUUGCUAGGGGCACUCGCUUUUUGCACUCUCCGGCCAACACUUUCCCUUUCAUUGGGUCACGUAAGCUUCUUUCAAGCUUUCAGGGGCAACUUUUCGGAACCAAAAUAACGCGGCCCAAUAAAAGAGAAAGUGUUGGCCGGAGAGUGCAGGAGGCGAGUGCCCCUAGCAUUGCUCUUGGUGAAAAUAGUGAAGAAGCACUGCGUACCAGCGACCGGAGGGAGAGAAAACGGAGGGCCGAUAUAAAAUACAGAGUCAUAAAAAAGGGGAGACAACAGGAACUGGAGGUUGAAUAUCAUCGAUUAAAGCAAGAAAUUCAGGAAAAAGAAAAACAGGAGCAGCUGACGAAGUCCGAGCUUGAGGAACUUAAGGCCAAACAUGUGAGGUUGAAGUCUGAAUUAGAAGAAAAGAAUCAGGUAAUUAAGCCCUCACUGGACGUGAUUGGGGUUGUAAAACAACAACAAAUGUCUAUUACUAAUGGACACAAAUACAUACACCUUUCAAAAAUUAUAAACUUUAUUACACUGAUGAUUUUUGUUAGUGUAUCGUUAAAAUUGACGAAAAUCAUUAAUUUUAAUGGUAGAAAUAAUGAAAAUCAUUAAUUUUAAUGACACAAAUAAUAAAAACAGUCAAUUUUAAUAGUACACUAACAAAAACUGUUAAUGCGUAAUAAAGUAUAUAACUUUAGAGAGAGUGUAUGUAUCAUUUCUCAUUACUGAUAUGUAAUUACUUCUGACCACUUCUAACCCUGAAUUACAAAAAGGUAAUAGUCAAACCAAAAUAAAACAUUAAUUUAAAUUGGUUUUUUAUUUUAUUUUACAUUGAAUGAUUAGCUAAAUAAUAAGGAUAUAGUUCUUGCAUUUCCAAACCCCUCCCUACUUACCCUAAGAUAUAAAUUUGAAAUCUCUAUUGAUGAUUAAAACCCUUAACCAUUAAGAUGUACCAUUAGGACCAUUUUAAAUUUGU